AUGCCGGAAGAAAAGACCGGGACAACUCACAAAGUCUGUUCGGUGAUUCUUCGCCUGGGUCAAAUUGCCUGCGCUACCAUCGUCAUCGGCAUCCUCGCCCGGUUCAGCUAUGUCCUCACCAUCGCUCAGGUUCAUGAAGAUGGCCGCCUAGUCUAUGCAAUGGUCGUGGCGGGCAUGUCCAUCGUCUACUCGUUCCUGCUGUGCCCGCCUUUCAGAAACCUAUUCCUGAGUUUCCCAUGUGACUUUAUCUUGUUCAUCAUGUGGCUUGUGGCGUAUUGCCUGCUCCAGACUAAAUCCGGGACCAACACAUGCUCCUCCACGUGGUAUCGUACCUACUGGGGUUACUACUGGGGCAGGUACUGGCGUGUUGGUCGCCCUGGAGUUGUCAACGUCGGCAGAGCAGGAUGCGGACAGUGGAGAACAGUCCUUGCAUUCUCUUUCAUUGCUUGGUUUGCGUACCUACUUAGUGGGAUUCUGGGAAUAUACGUCUUCCACAGGUACAUCAAAGUCAAGGAGACAACCGCCGAGUUCAAACACCAGGCCAAGAAACACUUGGGCCGUGACUCUCAAGAAAACGACUACGGAAGACCGGUUAAUGAACCACGCGGGGCUGGAGUUGAACAGCCUGUUACGCAGGUGUCUCAGGUCUAG